UACAAUCAAAAUUAUACAGCAAUGACCCAAAUUAUGGUAAACAUAAAACUUUAAAAAUCGAAGAAAAUUUUUUCCAUUAUGUUGAAGCAGGCAAUGUAGAAGGACCACUUAUUUUAUUUCUUCAUGGAUUUCCUGAAGUAAACAUA